UACACAUUCCUAUUACCGGUAUACAUACUUUUAUCCACGCCAUUUUAUCUAGAACAAAUUAAAAUUUUUGAACAUUUUCAAAAUAAAAUUAAAAAAUUAGUCCAAAAAAGCGAUUUUUACGUAAAAACCAAUACUUUUAUUAUAUUCGUAAUGUCUGAUUAUCGGUCACAAUCACGAGAUGAACAUCGUGAUAGUGGACGUGGCGGUGGUGGACGGGAUUAUUCGAGCGAUGAUGAUCCGCCCAUGUCGCGUCUCUUCAUAAUUUGCAAUAAAGCACAUACCGAGGAAGAUUUCCGUGAUGCAUUUUCUCCAUAUGGUGAUAUCGAAGAUAUUUGGGUGGUAAAGGAUAAAAAUUCGGGGGAAAACAAAGGAAUAGCCUAUGUAAAAUUUGCCAAAACUUCGGACGCUGCUAAGGCACAAGAAGAGAUGAAUGGCAAAACCAUUGGUAAAAUGGAUCGUACCUUGAAGGUGUUAGUAGCAGCAAAUCGAAACCAAGGUUCAAACAAGUCUGAGAAUGAACAGGAAAAGUAUGUGCGUUUAUUCAUAGUUAUAUCGAAAUCAGCAACGGAAGAGGAAAUCAGAAAUGAAUUCUCACAAUGGGGCGAUGUGGAAAAUGUAACGAUAGUUAAAGACAAAUCCUCAGGAUCUCCGAAAGGAUUUGGUUAUGUUCGAUUUACAAAAUUCUAUCAUGCUGCAGUAGCCUUUGAAAACUGUCCCCCAAAGUAUAAAGCAGUAUUCGCUGAACCAAAAGGUUCAACACGAUCUCAAAGAGAUCAAUACGGUCGACAAGCGGAUGAUAACCCACUUAUUAGUUCCGGACGUAGUGGUGGCGGUGGUGGAGGUAGUGGCAGCGGCUCUUAUAACAAUGGCAACUUCAACAAUGACUGGAAUUGUUCUUUCAAUAGCGAUAUGGCGGCAUUCCUCCGCAUGCAGAAUGUGCCAGUACCACAACCAACAUGUUUAGAAGUGAUUGCCAGUCAUUCCGUGAACCAGGAUCAGUUAUGGCGAUUAUUUGAUAUAAUACCUGGCUUGGAUUAUUGCCAAAUAACCAGAGAAUAUGGGCCCAGAACUAAUGAAGCUAUAGUGCUUUACGAUAACCCUGAGGCAGCUAUUUAUGCAAAAGACAAAUUGCAUGGGUUAGAAUAUCCAAUGGGGGAGCGUAUCAUUGUUAAAGUGGCCGGCAUGAGUUCAGCAAGAAUGGACACAUCUUUUAUAGACAAGCGUACUAAAAAGGAUUCAAUAUGCAAUGUCCCAUUGCCACCUGCCCAGCCCAUGGUAUCACCCGAUUCAACAGUAGCACAGCGUUUGUUUAUCGUUUUAGCCGCGAAUCUUCCGCAGUCUAUAUUGAAGAAUGUUUUUUCUUGUUGGAAGGGUUUAAUCGAUGUUUACUUGCUACCGAAUAAAAAUUGCGGCUACGUUAAAUACGCGGAUAGAGAUAGUGCCCAAAAAGCCAUUCAAACAUUGAAUGGUGCAGAAAUUUGUGGCACAAAAAUUAAGGUAAUGGAAGCCGAAGAACGAGGUAAUGGGGAUGGCGAUGAUAAUGGGAGGAAACGCUUGCGAAGAUAUUUGACUUUUAUAUGUUGUUAUAUAAACAGCUGUCAAAAAAAUAAGUUGCAAUAUCGGAAUAUUUGCUUAAUCAAAAAGUGUGAAAUGGCAGCGAUAAUUAGGAGAAUAGGUUGCAGGGCAAUCGGCAAUUUUGCUGCUAAGAAUGUUGCUGCUCCCAAACCGGUGGGAGCAAUCCGAUUGUCCAGCACUACGCCUGCCCCACCAGCAGAAGACAAACCUACUUUCCGCAAACCUAACGAAGCAGCACGCUUGAACUUAAGCAAUUUUGGACGAUAUGUAGCCGAAUGCCUACCCAAAUAUGUUCAGAAAGUGCAACUAACCGCUGGUGACGAACUAGAAGUUCUAAUUGCUCCUGAGGGUGUAGUACCUGUUCUGCAAUUUCUGAAAGAUAAUCAUUUAGCGCAAUUCAGUAAUUUAGUGGAUAUUGCCGGCAUGGAUGUACCAAGCAGACAGUAUCGCUUCGAAGUCAUAUAUAAUCUCUUAUCGUUGCGAUUCAAUUCACGUAUACGCGUUAAAACUUAUACUGAUGAGUUGACUCCCUUGGAUUCAUGUAAUGAAGUCUUUAAGGCAGCAAAUUGGUAUGAACGUGAAAUUUGGGACAUGUACGGCGUGUUCUUUGCAAAUCACCCCGAUUUGCGCCGCAUAUUAACUGAUUACGGCUUUGAGGGACAUCCACAACGUCGUGAUUUUCCAUUAUCCGGAUAUGUGGAGUUGCGUUACGAUGAUGAGAAAAAACGUGUGGUCUGUGAACCAUUAGAAUUGGCGCAGGAAUUCCGAAAAUUCGAUUUGUCAGCACCAUGGGAACAGUUUCCAAACUUCCGUAAUGCUAAUCCACCAGCCGAGACUGUAGAAACCAAACAAGAGACUCCUAAAAAAUAAACGAUACAUUUGAAAUGUGGCAUAGCUUGUAAAUUGUUGCGAUAUGCAGAAUUAAUGUAACCCAAAUAUAAUGUAAAAUAAUAUAUCGCUUCAAAGAA